AUGCGAUUCCAAGUUGUGGACUUGAGUAAAAAGAAGCCUGAUGGCAGUUAUCUAUUUAAAGAUGUUUCGAUUUCGUUAAGAGAAAGGGAGAUUAUUACCAUCACUGGUCCAAGUGGAGUGGGGAAGACAACGCUACUGAAAUGUAUUGCUGAGCUAGUUGUUUUUGAAGAAGGAAAGCUUUAUUUAGACGAUAAGUCUCCUGAACAGUACGAUAUUCCUCUUUGGAGAACACGCGUCAUGUAUGUUCCCCAGCGUCCCGUUAUCAUGCCUGGCACACCAUUUGCAUUUCACGAAAAAAUUCGAUCUUAUGCCGCUCUAAAAAAGAACCGCAGUGCUCAUGAAGAUCCGAUCGAAAUAUCAGCGAGAUGGGGUAUAAACGAAGAGCUCUGGCACAGUGAUUGGAAUCGGCUUUCUGGCGGAGAAAUGCAACGAAUCAUGCUUGCUCUCGCCUUAUCCUGUAAACCAGAUGUUUUGCUUCUCGAUGAACCAACAUCAGCACUCGAUUCUGAGACUUGUUUCUUGGUAGAAGAAUCUUUGAAAGAAUAUGCCUGCAUCUGGGUAACACAUGACCGAGAACAAGAGAGGCGAGUCGCACACAAAACGUUGCGACUAGAAAAGCAAGACAAUGGUCUUGACAAUAGAGGAGGUGAAGCUAUCAUUAACAUAUAA